CGUCCCGAGACCGGCUUAACAUCACAUCAAAGUGGGGCACAUGCUUUUUGGGCUGGAGAAAGAAACAACCAGGACAUGGCCCUCCAAUGGUGACUCCUCCUACCACAGACUCAUCAUCAUAUCUUGACCUACUUAAGCCAUUGGCUUAAAGAAAAGCUCACUUUCUUACUUCGAUCUGACGUUCAACUCAAUUGUAGGCUUCAGAGCUCAUUUUUAAUUUUACAAUCACUCAUUGGCUCACUCACUCAACACACAGCUCAAGAUGAAGACCUCAGCUUUCCGAAUCGCUCGAGGGGCCGCUGCAGGCCUUCAGAAACGAGCGUAUUCACAGGCUGCGACACCUAGGCAUCUCAUGACAAUUGCUGAUCUUACUCCCAAUGAGUUUGCCAACCUUGUUCGUGAUGCCAACACUCGAAAAAUAGCUGUCAAGGGUGGAGCUCCCGCCAGCUAUCUCAAUGCCGGCCUUGCUGGUAAGACUGUUGCUAUGAUGUUCAGCAAGCGCAGCACCCGUACUCGAGUUUCCACUGAAGCUGCUGUGACUAUGCUUGGUGGCCAUCCCAUGUUUCUCGGGAAGGAUGAUAUUCAGCUUGGUGUUAACGAGUCGCUAUACGACACUUCGGUUGUCAUUUCUUCAAUGACCUCCUGUAUGGUCGCUCGAGUUGGACCUCACUCUGAUGUCGCUAAUCUCGCUAAGCACUCAAGUGUUCCUGUCAUCAACGCUCUGUCUGAUGACUUCCAUCCUCUGCAGACGAUCGCUGACUUCCUCACUCUCCAUGAAACUUUCCCAUCAGCAAGCGCCAAGGGAGCUACCCUGGGCCUCAAUGGUCUCAAGGUCGCCUGGGUCGGCGAUGCCAACAACGUUCUGUUCGAUCUCGCCAUCGGUUGUGUCAAGAUGGGUGUUGACAUAUCAGUUGCUGCCCCCAAAGGAUAUGAGAUUCCUGACAACAUGAGGCAACUCAUCAGUUCCGCUGCUGACGGCGUGUCCUCACCCGGCAAGCUUUUUGAGACUAACGUCCCUGAGGAGGCCGUUAAGGAUGCCAAUAUCCUGGUGACUGAUACAUGGGUUUCCAUGGGCCAGGAAGCUGACACCCAGAAGCGCCUCAAGGACUUUGCUGGUUUCCAGAUUACGAACGACCUUGCAAAGCGAGGAGGUGCAAAGUCGGACUGGAAGUUCAUGCACUGCCUCCCUCGACAUCCUGAGGAGGUUGCCGAUGAGGUCUUCUACAGCCCCCGCUCUCUGGUAUUUCCCGAGGCCGAGAACCGUCUCUGGGCCGCUGUUUCUGCCUUGGAAGGCUUCGUCGUCAACAAGGGCAAGUUCUAAAGUAUGGCGAGAAGACGGAAUACGAAUGGAUACGAUAUCAUUUACUAGCCACACUUGACAGGAGGUGGAGCAUUGGCGCACGAACGAUAAAAAUAGUCUUGGGAAUUAAAUCAAUUAAAUCAGAUCCUUUCCUUGAAAACGCCAUUGGGUCGGGUCACUAAUUGAGGUAUCUAUCUAAUUUAACCAGGAGGGAGCUGACUAGCAUCGACAACCUCGUCUGCCUCCAUGACAAGGGACUCCUGGUUACCUUCAGACAGAGGAGAUCGGGGUAGAGCCAUCAGACCUGUACGGGCAGACUCAAGAAUGCCAAAGGGAGCAACAAGCUUGAGGAACGAGUCGAUACGUGACUGCUUAGCAGAACUGGAACCGCAUGUCAGUAUUGCGCAUGAAUGAGUAGACAAGAGGGAGAGGGUGGGUAACAUACACUUCAACAAUGCAGCUGUUGGUGCUGAUAUCUAGGACCUUGCCGCCAAACUGGUGGGCGAAGUAAGUGAUCGACUUAAGAUGCUCGUGCUUGUGUCGCAGAGCUUGACUGACGGCCAACUUGCUGGGGUGGAAGUCCUUGGCGGUAUCGGAGAG